UUGAAAGGAGAACUAUUAGCCGGAAGUUGUCCAGUUCCUUUGCCUAAAGGCGGUAUUUUAUGUCUUAUCUCUGACAGUGCGUGCUUUGUGUUUCUCCAUAGCGAAGAUAUUCUAUAUACCCACAUACCCUAAAGAAGCAAUCCCGGCAGUCGGCUUUAUGUGCUUCGUGGACUCGUGAAACCGGUGUUUGCUAACUGCUUAGCUAAUAUGGCUGCUAACCCGCCGGGACAGGGCUUUCAGAACAAGACCCGUGUGGCCAUCCUGGCGGAGUUGGACAAGGAGAAGAGGCGGCUGCUGCAGAGCCAGUCCAUGAACAGCCCCGGAGCCAACAUCCCGCUGUCGUCCAGACCCAGCCUGAAGGAGGUGAGGGACAGCGCCGAGCAGCAGCACAUCGCAGCCCAACAGAAGGCCGCCCUGCAGCACGCUCACGUCCACUCCUCCGGGUUCUUCAUCACCCAGGACUCCUCGUUUGGGAACCUCAUCCUCCCGGUGCUCCCCCGGCUGGAGCCCGACUUCUGACUCUAAAUUCUGACCCCGACCCCUAAGACAUUUAAACUGGUUAUUUUAUGGUAUUGUUGAUCUGAUGAUGACUGAUAUUAUAUUUUAUUCUGCCAGGGAGACUAAAAGACGUCACAGACAGAAUAAAAUAUUUGAGCGUAAUGUCCUGUGUUAAGCCCUCACACAGAUUAUUCUUCAUUAAUUAUGCGAUCAUGACUGUGUUUCACUCAGAUCAGUGUGAGUCAGGAUGAGAAGUCUGCUGCUGGCAUAAUAACAGAUUUUAUGUGGCAGGUGCUUUCAUCUAUGAGAGUUGGAAAAAAUCCAAAGAAGCAACAGGAUGUAAAACGAGUUUCAGAAAUUGUGUCUUCAAAAGGAACUGAAUACUGAAGAUGCAAGUCUGGAUAACCAGAUGGAAACAGUUACCGACGUCCUGGAAGAGCCCGAAAACCCCAAGUUUACUGCAUACAGUUGCAUCACCAACUCAUUUUGUUGUUCCUGGUAUUUUAGAACCGUUUUUUUUAAGUGUGUUGUACUUUCAUAUGUCACAGUAUUAUUAACAUAGCACAUUUCAGCCCAGGGGUACUGACUGGUUUGUGAAUAUCUGGGCUCAUAAUUGCGAUCUAUGAGAUCUGUGUGGGUUACAACAGUUAUUUGCCCAGAAUCCCUCAACAGAUGACUUACUAUGGAAGCACAAACAUGAGAUGGGUCUAAAUAAACUGUUAAACAUA